AGCACGAUCGCAUCCCGCUCUCAUUCAUCUCGUUAGUUUGCGUGAAUGUGCUGUGUUUGAUACACAAUAGUUACUAGCAUCCAGCUGCAAACGGUUAGUGGUAGUGUAACACUAACGGUGAUACAAAGGCUGAAACGUAGCGAGCCGUCUCCUUGAACGCCGCAAGUGUUGCUUUUGCUGGUUCGACUUCUACUUUGCCGUUCUGUCUUAGCAUUAAAAAAAAGCUAGUCCUGCAGAUUUGUGCUGCAUUUAUCCGGUUUUUCGGCUGAUUCUUGGCGGUGAUGCGCUACAAGACGUUCAAGUUGCAUCUGUUGGUCACUCAGUGUGCAUUCGAGAGACCUGCUGCACGAGAUUUGGAUGAGAAAUGAAACAUUUGUGCACUGGGACUGGAUGCUCUUACCAGCACAUCCCACUUCCGCCAUGACACCCAGCAGAGGAUUCUGGGAUUGACGCAAGCAUCACUCCCACUGAUGGCCUGGACCAGGUUUCAGCUGGCCUGCUGAAGCUAUGGGGAGCUGCUGGAGCUGUCUAUACAGAGACGCUAUCCGAGACAACCAUCUCAACAAAUUCAAGGUGACUAAUGUGGACGAUGAGGGAAAUGAGUUGGGUUCAGGAACCAUGGAGCUCACACAGACAGAGCUCAUUCUGCACACACGCAAACGUGAUGCCAUCCGGUGGCCAUACCUUUGCCUGCGCCGAUAUGGUUAUGAUUCCAACCUCUUCUCUUUCGAGAGUGGCCGUCGUUGUCAGACAGGACAAGGAAUCUUUGCAUUCAAGUGCUCGCGUGCAGAAGAGAUCUUCAACCUGCUGCAGGAGUUGAUGCAGUGUAACAGCAUCAACGUAGUGGAGGAGCCCAUGAUCAUGACCCGGCCCGGGCAUGCGCCAGAGAUGGACAUGCCUCGAACUCCACAGACACCCAAUACUCCUGGAUUCCCGAUGCAGGGUUUUCCUAAUGGAUACCCAGGAUACCCAAUCAGUGCAGACUCAUCGCAGCCCUCUCUCACCAACGACCACAGACACAGCCUCAUGGGACUGGAUGACCAAACCCAUACCUAUGUGAAUACAGUGGGCAUGGAAACUGACCUCUCAAGCCGCCACUGUGUCCACUCCCUGCCCGAAGUGCGGCCCACCACCUACCCGGAAACCUCAACUACCACCACCAUACGUGGGGGCCCAGUCCCAGGCCAGUCCAGCAUGCACUGCUGCCCCCUGGACGACCCUCACAAAGACCCUCAGGUCUUCCUCCAGCCUGGAGCCCAGGAGGUGAAGUUCAUGUUGGGUCCGACCCCAGCACAGCGUCACCUGAUGGAAAGAGACAGAGACCGCCAUGUCACUCACCCGCUUCGAGCGCCAGACGGCAGCUCCGAAACAGAAGGAGAGGAGACUCCGUCCGUACACAUGUGCAACACACACUCUUACCACCAUUGCCAUCAUCUAAUGCACCGACACCCCAGCAUGGAGCCUUGUCCAGAAAGCCAGCUGACGUACGAGAAUAUCAACGGACUCAGAGGGGCACGCAGGCAAAGGCUGAGUCCGAGCACUGUGUCUCAGUCUCAGUCUUUGGGCUCCAGUAGCAGUAGCAGCACCACCGGUGAUUCCCGCACACACACGCAUCCGCACUCCCUCCCACUCACACACACGCAUGCUUCCUCACUGCCUCCGCAGGGAUAUGGCUGUGACCGGGGAAUGGGGGUCGGGGGUCAUCGGCGCACCGCUUUGCUCAACUAUGAGAACCUUCCGUCGCUCCCACCGGUUUGGGAAUACCGUGCACUUCAGCGUGAGGAAGAAGAGGAUCAGGAUGAAGACGAGGACGAGGACGAGUAUGAGGAGGAAGAGGAAGAGGAAUAUGAUGAGUAUGAGUAUUCUGAAGGGCCCGCAACCCCAAACGGAUACCAUCAGGAAAGUGGUGGCAGCGCUGGGAUUCAUCGCGAUGCCCUGCAGAACUAUGUCAACACUGAACAGCUGCAGCCUCCAACGCGUCUCCGUCACGCUUGCCCUCCCCACCCUCACCCGCCUGAGAGGGCCAACCGGGUUUUCAACUUUGAUUUUAGACGUCAGCGAGCGGGACGUGGCAGCACCACCUGCGAGCAGCACAGCCGUCACCCGCCUCCUCCUCCCUCUCGCCAGCUCAACUACAUCCAGGUGGACCUGGAGGGUGAGCCCUCCGGUUGCUCGGGACACGGUGGAGGGGCUCCGCUACCACAGAGACCUCCUCCACUCAAACGUGGCAUGGCUGCCGCCGCAGCAGCUCCGUCCUCCCGUCGAGGAGAAUGCUACGCCGUGAUCGACCUAAAGAAGACAGCAGCCAUGUCCAACCUACAGAAGGCUCUCCCUCGGGAUGACGGCACCUCGCGGAAGACACGCCACAACAGUACCGACUUGCCUCUGUGAGAGGGAAAAAGAGAGUUACAGGUAUGACAGGAAUAAAAGUGUUCAGGAAAGAAAGAGUUUUGGUGGUAUUUUCCUCCCACCAUUAUAGCGAAGCCUCUAUUUUCUCAUUUUCUACACUCAUACCAACUGCUGCUUGAUGAAAUAGUAACUCCAUUGAGCCAAACACUGAGCAUUUUAUUUAUUUAUUUUUCUCACAUUUUGCGUGGGAAGGUUGGGAGAUGAUAGUUAACUAAUCGCAGUGUUUUUGGGUUGCUGUCUGGGCUUUGGGCCAAAGAAUUGGGUUCAAAAAAUACUUAAUUCAGGAAACAAUCUGCAGUGUUUUUAAGUGUCUUAAGUUUUGUUUUGUUUGUUUGUCAUUUAUGAUGUGUUGAAUUAAAGGGAUAGUGCGCCAAAAAAAAGAAAGACAGCAGCAGCCUGCUAGAUAACUAAAAAAUCCUAUAUUUUGAGUCAUAUUAAAAUGAAUACAUGAUUUUUAAGUGGCCUUUUUUUGUUUUUCGGUACUUUUUUUGACACUUGAGCAGAACAGACUUGAAACCACCAUAAGUGUUUCAUUUCCACAUGUAAUUAUCAAAACUUUCUCCUGCAACUAACUGAAGACAAGCUCUUCGUCAUGAUAAAGAUACUCCAGCAGUCUCUCUCAUUGCCUGUUUCAGUUCCUAUAUGUAGCGAUGCGGAGGCUGCAGUGAGGAUAAAGAGAGCUAACUGUUCAGUAUUUGAAUGCCUCUUGAUUCUCCUAUCCUCAGGAAUUGAUUCGUUCAGUUUAGUUUGCACUUAUAGUUCUCAAAUUGUAACUGAGCCUCCCGUUAUUUCACAUCCGAUCAAAGUUAGGGCAAAUUAAAAUGUAAAAAAUUUAAAGUAAUUAUUCAGAACAUAGUAUUUAUUUGGGUUUGUGUUUUGAAAUUCUCUGUCUCGAGUGCUGAGAUCCUGACUUCAGCCCAGCAAAACACAUGGAAAGGGAGGAUAAUUCAGAUCUAGAAAUGAGCUUAUUUUGUUCGGUAUCUGCUCAAGCUUUUGCUCUCAGCACCUUCGAUACUCAUUUUUUUAUUUAGCUAACCCCCCCAACGCUGUCAGAUAUUGUUUAUCAUUUUCCUAGAAAUUGAAAGGAAAGAGCAAUUUAAAGCGGAUAUUUGCAUUGAAAAUGACUAAAUAAAUAUUUUCAAGUAAAAAAGAAAACAAAAAAUAGUAAAAGUAGCUAAAUAGUUUAAGUAAGAUACAAUAAAAAACUGCUAUUCUCACAUCCCCAGUGACAAUAUACCUGAGAGUGACAAUUCUCUGUGAAUCCCAGAGUGUAUUUAUGUACAUCUAUGUUUUGUAAAGCUACGUAAAGCACCAUAUGCAUAUUCAGAGGUAAGAAUGUUAAUUAUUUUUUAUAUCUUAAAAAAUAUGCCAGGAAUCAUGAGGCAAAACAUAUUUAUUUAAUUUAGAAUUAUUUAUCUAUCUAGCUGUCUGUUCAUUUAUUUAUUCAUUUAUUUAUUAUUUCGUAUUUGAAUAAUUCGUAAAGUAGAUAACAUGUUGUUAGAUUAGUCAUUUUAGAGAUACCAAAGGUGGUAUGGGAAACCACAUAAUCUACCUUGGUAUUAUUUAAUGUCUUUUUUAAACUGCAGUUUCAUGUUGAAUAAUAACUGUAUUUGAACAUAUUGUGCCAAAAAUAUAAUGAUAUCACUGAACUAUGUGCCAUUGGUAAAUGUUGAAUUUUAGGGCUAACAAUCAGCAACAUGUAAAACAUAAAUGCAGCUGUUCUUUACAUCAUGAUCAGUUCAGGGCUUGAUAAUAUUUUGUCUACAAGUACACUCAAAACAAAAAAACUAGACGUGUCUGUGUAUUCCCAACGGAAUCCCAUUGUAUCUAUCCUGAUUGGUUAAAGAUGAUAUUUUGUAGUCUCUAACAUUACUGCUGUUUUUCAUUGGAAUUUCAUAAAUCAGCUAUUUUUAUAACACUGUUGGUGUUCUAAAAUGGUUACACAUCUUUUGUUUUUCAAUCGUAGCGUUUGCUUUCUUUAUGAUUGUUAACUCAGCCCUAAAAUGGAUUUUUCUCUCACCAACGAUACUGAUGUAGCUAUACAUUUCUGAAGUUAUGAAAAUUUUGCUAGGGACCUCCAAGAGCAGAGGUUUUUAUCUUACUUGCUGGGCAUGGAUGUAGACCCAGUUUUUCAAAAAUCUUACUGGCAGCCAUAUUGUUCUGAGUGCAGGGCUUUGUGGGCCUUACUUAUUGUACACAUAUUUUUUAGCAAAAAGUCGAUCAUAACCGAUAACUUACAAAUAUCUAAUGGUGUACUUACUCUUUUAACUCCAUUGGAAACUAACGGCAUCAGAGUAGAUUUAGAUGUUUUGCCAGAAGCCAUAAUUGAGAGGAAAUAUUUUAAGGGUCAGGUACCGGUAUCUUGUUUUUUAAGGAAAUUGUGCAGAGUAAUAAAUGUGAUUUAUUUUUUUAUCAUCAAAAUUUUCAAAUUGAGAAAUAAAAGUGAAAAUAAAUUAUUCAAAGAUUAUAUGCUACAUCGUUGUGACGUUUUCAUUUUGAGAGCCUUGCAGUUCAACACAAUAUUGCUGCCAAAUAGUAAAUCCAAAUAAAAUCAACAUAUUACACUCACAAUCACAAUUACAUACAUAUUGUACUAUAGAAUGCGAUGAUGAACUAUUUGGACACUUUUAGACACUUUUCAGAGGAUCGAUCUAGUUUUUAACAUCUAUAUUUUGGUAUUGUGGUAUGAUAAACAUUUUGCAAUAACAGCUAAUGGAGUCAUAUCAGAAUUUGUUUGAGUUGUUCACGAACAUGUUCUGUGAUACAAGUCACAGCUGUGUGUGCAUUCAGAAAGGACUGGAUGAGCAGUGGGUUUACUGUCUUUCUCAGGCCUCAUCUUGAUAAACAUGCGCUAUAUGUGUAUUUAAACCAGGCUUGAGGGGAAAAAAAAAUUAAAAAUCUAGUCAUCUUGUCUGUAGGUGUGGGAUCAUAGAGAACUUGAUUGUGCCAUAAGUGAUUUUUGUCCACUCUUUUAAAAUAACGUGUAGCUAUAGUGGAAAUUUAAAGGUACAGUAGCACAUACUAACUAGAAUCCUGUGUUGACUUUGAUUGCGUGGGGCCGCUUUGGAGUGUAAAUGCUUGUUUUGUUGGUCGGUUUAUUUGUUUUAUGUUUUUAUACCUUCCAUACACCUCAUUCAUUUCGUUCACUUUCAAGGGGGAUCAGCCCUUGAGUUACGUGUUAGACCCAGGUUAAAUGCACUGAAAUUGUAAUGAGGUGAGCAAUCAUCUGAAAGUACUGUAAGUCCCUAUGUGAAAUCAUGAUUUUGCUAAAUUUCCAAGACGUAUAAAGACUGAAUGUGCUUAUUGCCCUAAACGGGACAUAGUUUAAACCUUUCAGUUUUUUUUUAAAUUUUGUUUUGUUUUCAUAAAUCCGACAUUGAACCUCUCAUCGGGUGAUUUUAAUUGAGUUUCUCAUCUAAACCUGGGAUGGUAUUCCACUCAAAGAGGGUUUCGCAGUGACCUUAUCGAAUGACCUGUCCUAUUGGCGGUAGAUUUACAUUGUCAUAAUAAAGCUUAGGCGAAGCUCAAUGACUGUGAUGUACUGUACAUUAAUGUGAAUGUGUCUCAAAUGUGUCAAGAGUUAAAGAGAGAGAACGAGAGCUGCCCAUGCAUAGACUCUUUACCGGAGACUGCAUUUCCGAAGCUCCUCAAACUGUCUCGCUCUCAAACCGUCUUACUCUCUGUAUGAAUGUACCACACAGAGAUGGACUUGUAAAAUGCUCAGAUGAGGUGAUUUACACUCAAUGUUUCUAUCCUCCCUGAUGAAAAGAUGUGUUAAUGUUAAUGUUUCGUCUCAAGAAUUCCGAUUUCGAUUCGAUUUUUUGAUUAUGUUUCUUUAUAUACAGUAUUUACAUUUUCUUGUAAGUAUGUAAUUCUGUGUAUGUACAUAACAUAUAUGGGUAUGCAGUUGCAGUCAGCUUCUCCUGUGUUCGUUUGUGUUGGCGCAACAGACACUACUUUUGCCACAGCCAUUUGUAGAAAGAGCAACGCCUUGACAGUCAUUCCAUUAAAUGGACAUUGCAGUCUCUAUAAACAGAUCGGAGAUCUCCUAUAGUCUGUUGAUGUUGCAGUCGCAACCCUUCCCCAUUCUUACAAUGCAAAGCAGGCAUGCCCCAUGUUGAAUGUUAUUUUCAGUCAUAUAAACUUUUGAAGAGAAAGGCUUGUAUAAUAAAAAUGAAUGUGAUUAAAUGUAAUGUCAACAUUAAAACUGGAAAUGUCA